CAUUCCACUCGCGCACAGUCAGAGGAGUUUACUGACGGCGACCGCUGCAAACUCACGGACUGAGAGACCAUGACUGAGGAAACAGCCAGAGGGGAUCCUGCUGGAGGCUCGGGGCCAUAUACAGGGGCGACUGAGGAAGGGGAUCAGCCAAGGGGAAAAUGGGCCAACAAAAGGGAGUCCUUGCUCGCCAUGACUGGACUCAUCAUUGGCCUUGGGAAUUUUUGGCGUUUCCCCUAUCUGUGCUACAGGAACGGGGGAGUUGCCUUCUUCAUCCCUUACUUCCUGUGCCUCUUGUUUUGUGGCAUCCCUGUGCUCUUCCUGGAGAUGGCAUUGGGCCAGUACACCAGCGAGGGUGGAGUGACCGUCUGGAAGAAGAUAUGUCCCAUGUUCCAGGGGGUGGGGAUUGCGUCCCAAGUGAUUCUGGCCUAUCUGAACAUCUACUACAUCGUCAUCUUAGUCUGGGCUCUCAUCUAUCUGUAUUACUCCUUUAAAAGCACGCUGCCCUGGUCGACGUGUGACAACUGGUGGAACACUGACGUAUGUCAAAGUCGCGCCAGCUCCUAUGCCAACCCCAAUUUGUUUCAACCUGACUCCAACUGGUCAUUCCUGCACAACGUCACCUUACUUGACUACUUUGACGAAUUCAGUCCAGAGGUUGAUAAUGAGCAGAGAACAUCGGAAAUGGAGUUCUGGAUGUACCGAGUGUUAAGGGUUUCAAAUGACAUGACCCUGGGUCCGGUAAACCGGGACUUGGCUGUGUGUCUCCUGCUUGCCUGGAUUGUAUGUUACUUCUGCAUCUUUAGAGGAAUCAAAUCUGCAGGAAAGGUAGUUUAUGUCACUGCUACAGUGCCCUACCUUUUGCUGUUCAUCCUCUUCAUCCGUGGAGUGACACUCCCAGGAGCCGGAGAUGGAAUGAAACAUUUCCUCUACCCUGAGCUCUUCAGGCUCGCAGGUCUACAUGCUUGGUGUGAUGCCUUGUCAGAGGUGCUGUCGUCCUACUCCGUGUGUCUGGGAGUGGUGACCGCUCUGGGGAGCUACAACAAAUACAACAACAACUGCUACAGGGAUUGCUUGGUACUAUGUUGCCUGAACACUGGCACCAGUAUCUUUGCUGGUCUGGCUGUGUUCUCGGUGCUGGGAUUCAUGGCUCAUGACAUGGGCGUGCCCUUACACGAUGUUGUGAGUGCCGGUCCUGGUCUGGUCUUUCAAGCCUUUCCAAAGGCUCUGUCGAUGCUGCCUGGCGCAUCCUUCUGGUGUGUGCUAUUCUUCCUCAUGAUCCUCUUCCUGGCCCUGGACGCUCAGUUUUUGUGUGUGGAGAGCCUGGUCACAGCCAUCGCAGACUUGUUCCCACGUCACCUGAGGAAGCCACGCGGCAGAUCAAUACUGGUCCUGGUCGUCUGUGUGGUCUGUUUUCUACUGGGGCUGCCACACAUCACUCAGGGAGGGAUAAUCGUCUUCCAUCUGCUGGACCACUUCGGUGCUAGUGGAAACAGCAUGCUCUUCAUUGUCUGUUUCGAGACCACUGUCAUCGCCUGGGUGUAUGGUGCGGACCGUUUCUAUGACAACAUUGAGGACAUGAUCGGGUACAAACCAUUCCCCGUGCUGAAGUACUGCUGGUUGUUCAUCACGCCGCUCCUCUGUUGUGUCAACCUGUCUUACAACAUGACAAUCAGAUUCCCUCUCAUUGUGUAUGAUUUUUAUCCUGGCAUCGGGGGCACCAUUGUCAGUGCACUACUUCUCGUCACUCCACUGAUGUGCAUCCCAGUAUUCCUCUUUAUCACGCUCUGUAAGACUCCUGAAAACAUGACCACAUCAUCCAAAGAUCUGCGUCAGGCUCGACCCCACAAUCCAAUUCUCACACUGUGUAAAUGCGUCAUCUUCAAGGCAAACGCGAAGCCAAACAGGCACGUGGAGGAAAACGACGAGAAGAUGAUGAUGGGGGAACCCAGCACGGCUUAAUGGUCACUGAUGAACAGACCUGCAGCUAGUUAUGGUUGUCAUCAUAAAAUUGUACAAAUCUGUGAAAACAGAAUGCAAACUUUUAUAAAUGUUUACACGUUUUAUGAGUUUUCAGGGACAUCCUGUUUUUGUUCUUUUUUUUUAUAAUAAAUAAUAAUACUGGAAAAGUA